AUGAGUCACAGUGGAUACAUCAAUGAAAAAGCAGGUUUGUCCUUGAGACAGAACUCCAACAGGAAAUCAACUAGAAAUGGGCAAGUAAAGAGCUGCAUGUUCAGGAUUCCUUGGCAGUCUGAGACCUCUCCUGUUGAACUUGUGAAGGAUCUUGCAGAAAGAGUAACUAAUGCUCUACGCUUGAUCUCUCCAAGGAGAUCGUUACACCGAGGCUCGUCUUCGCUGACAAGAUCAAAAUCAGCUGGCUCCUCUAUUGAUUCUCAUAGAACUGCUGCUGUUGAGGACUGCAUUGAGUUCAUCCACUCUUCCUUUUCAAGAUCAAACUCCUCAACCACAGCACCCCGCCAAGAUUCUAUACAAGCUCCUUGA